AUGAUGAUAGCUCGAUCUCACUCCCUCUCAAAGCUAAAGCCCCUCAUCUCCAUCUCCCUCAUUUCCCAAUCCUUCAAAUCCAAACCUCCAUCUCCACAUCUCCCUCCAAACCCUAACCCCCAAUUCCAAACCCCCUCAAAGCUUCAACCUUUAACUUUCUUCAAACCCUUCUCCUCCUCCUCCUCCUCCUCCCAACCUCUUCCUCCCCUCUCUCUCAGCCGCGACGGAAAUUACGAUGAAGCCCCCGCCGCCCCCGUCUGCCCCGGCUGCGGGGUCCACAUGCAGGAAUCCGACCCCAAAACCCCGGGAUUCUUCCUCAAACCCUCGAAAAAGGACCCGAGAAGUUACAAAUUGGGGCCCCACCUCGAACCGAUUGCCCUAGAAUCCGAAUUCAACGAGGCCCUGAAGAAGGGUUUCGUGAUCGAACCUGAAGACUUGAGCUUGGUUUCGAAAUUGGAUGGAUUGGGUUCAGAAUCGAAGCCCGAAAAGCCGGUGGUGUGUGCCAGGUGCCAUUCGUUGAGGUAUUACGGGAGAGUGAAGGAUCCGACGGUGGAGAAUCUGCUGCCGGAUUUCGAUUUCUACCACACGGUUGGGAGGAAGCUGGCAUUGGCUUCCGGGACGAGGCAGGUGGUGCUGAUGGUGGUGGACGCGGCGGAUUUCGACGGCUCGUUUCCGAGGAAGGUGGCAAAGCUUGUCUCGGAUACGAUUGACGAGAAUGCAGCGGCCUGGAAACAGGGGAAAGCAGGAAAUGUGCCGAGAGUGGUGCUGGUUGUGACCAAGAUUGAUCUGUUGCCGAGCUCGUUGGGGCCCACUAGGUUGGAGCAUUGGGUUAGGAGUAGGGCAAGGGAGGGCGGGGCGGAGAAGAUUACGAGUGUGCAUUUGGUGAGUGCAGUGAGGGAUUGGGGGUUGAGGAAUCUGGUGGAUGAUGUGGCUAGCUUGGCAGGGCCGAGGGGGAAUGUGUGGGCGAUAGGGGCGCAGAAUGCGGGGAAGAGUACUUUGAUCAAUGCGAUAGGGAAGUAUGGCGGUGGGAAGAUUACUCAUUUGACAGAAGCGCCUGUGCCUGGAACUACAUUGGGGAUUGUGAGAGUGGAAGGUGUGCUUCCGGGUAAGACUAAGCUGUUUGAUACGCCGGGGCUUUUGAAUCCUCAUCAGAUUACUACUAGGUUGACUAGAGAGGAGCAAAGUCUUGUAAACAUUAGCAAGGAGUUGAAACCGAGGACCUAUAGGAUCAAGGAUGGUUAUUCAGUUCAUAUUGCUGGGCUUAUGAGGCUGGAUAUAGAAGAAUCAUCUGUUGAUUCUGUUUAUGUUACGGCAUGGGCAUCUCCUUAUCUUCCAUUACACAUGGGAAAAACGGAAAAUGCAUCCGAAAUGGUAGAGAAACAUUUUGGUCGUCAGUUACAGCCACCAAUCGGAGAGAAUAGAGUUAAGGAGCUUGGACAGUGGGUGAGAAAGGAGUUUCACAUCAGUGGAAACAGCUGGGAUUCAAGUUCGGUGGAUAUUGCUGCUGCAGGUCUUGGCUGGUUUGCUGUUGGACUUAAAGGAGAGGCAGUUUUGAGCGUCUGGACUUAUGAUGGAAUCGAUGUUGUUCUUCGCAAUUCAUUGCUUCCGAAUAGAUCAUUAAAUUUUGAAGUCUCCGGGUUUACAGUCUCUAAAAUUGUCUCUAAGGCUGACAAAGCUUCAAAUAAGUCACAGCGUCAGGGUGAGAAGAAGAAACAAAUCGACCACCAAAAGGACUCUGUCACCUGUUAAUAUCAUAUUAAAGAACUGUCGCAGGAUGAACUUCUUUAUAAGGCUACUUGGGAUAGGAGACGUGAAAGUGUUCCAACUAUUGUUGAUCCAUUGCACUACACAUGAGUGAGGAAUGCUGGGAAACUACACACUUUUGACAUCCCGUUCAAACUGGGAUGAUUAUCAUUAGCGGCUUCAUUGCAUUGGUACUGAAAGAUCGUUUGUAAAAGGAUGAAACCUAUAGCUUAUUGAUCAACUAUCAGUCGGGUUUCUCAUCCUGUGGCAUGCAUUACUGUGUAUUCCCUUGUAUACUAUAACCUGUAAGUGUCAAGACUAGCAAUUUUCUGUUGCUGUGUUCUCUUUUGACACUACUGCUUUUUGGAUGGCCAAGAGAGCCAAUUUUGGGACCCUAGUAUUAUUCAGGGAUCAACCUUCUGACUUUCUGAGCCAUGGUUACUGCAUUAUUUUUGACAAACUUCAUAGUCCGUCCCACAUGAUGUUUGUUAUGCGGCCAUGGUGGAUCGGUGGGACUUUGAGUUAUCAAAGAGACGAAGACACGAUAAGAUUCGGUGCUUUUUCAUCUCGUUGCUUUGUUUCUACAGAUGUGUGGUUUCUGUCAAUACAUUUCUUAGUGUCCUCCCUUGACCCCUGUUU